AUGUUGGUUUGCCGAUAUUGGAGGGAUGUCGCCAUCGACACCCCAGAGCUGUGGGCGGAUAUCUGCGUGAGUCCGCACGACUCCCUUGAGAAAGCGCAUCGCAAGCUCGCACGUUCAAAGUCGGUGCCUCUCGAUAUCACAAUCAACUUCACUCCUCGAGUUGACAAUUCGAGCGGCGCCAUGGAGAGUAUCAUCCAUGCAAUGGAUCUCAUUCGUCCUGCGCUUUGGCGAGCAAGGUCCUUUCGCCUCAGUGUUCCCAACAAACCACAGGCACAUGCUGCCCUUCUGCGCUGUAGAGAAGAAGCUCCCUAUCUGGAAAGUCUUUGUAUCCGCGUAUUCCAUUCUAUGCAGGAAGACCAUUACUCCAGCCCCUGCCUUCCGCUUUUUAAGGGGCAUACUCCUCGUCUUCGUUCGUGCUCUUUCACGUCCUUUAACUUCAACUGGGACAGGAGAGUCGUAUCAAACCUGCGUGUGCUCCAACUAGGGGGCUACUGGAAUGGGUCUUCACCGUCCGUCGACACCUUGCUAGACAUCCUACGAGGCUGUCCAGGUCUCGAAGAACUUGCAUUGCGCAACAUGUCAGACGUGGAUCCCGAGACUUGUGUUUCUCUCGAACAUGAGUUUAUGUCUACAAAGGUCGUGAAACUCCCGAAGCUUACAAAGGCAUCGUUCUAUUACGCAGGCAUCAUGCGUACACGGAUGCUUCUUAGUCAAAUAUCGUUCCCUGCGCUUGAGUCGCUCGACUUCUGCUAUCUCGACAACCUCACACCAUACCUUCGUAUUGAGUCAAGUUUCUUGAACGAACCGAAGUUUAUAAUGUUACUUCGGCGGCUUACAUCAUUGGUUACUCUGGAGUUGGUCGACGUAGAGGAUGUCACAUGCUUCCUGUUGAAGAAUCUUUCCUCGCCGCCUGUGGCCCAUCCUUGGGUAUGCCCCAAGUUAGACCGUCUCAACCUUGACGGGUGCACUGCACUCGAAUGGGAUGCUUUACGAGGACUUGUGGAAUCUCGCCUCUCCGGUCGCCCACCUCAACUCUCUUCUGCUUCGGCUGCAGUGGCCUCGCGCUCAUCCUUCGUAUCCACCGCGUCUGCCUCUGCUCAUAUCCACGCCUUGUCCCUUAGCCGUCCUGCGACGCCCACAAUGCAGCCUUGUCGCUUGUCGUCGAUCGAUGUUACACGCUGUCAUCAGAUCAGCAAAGAGAUGGUGCAGUGGCUCAAGAUGUACGUCCGCGAUGUUCGCUGUGAGCCAGCAAAAGGGAUAUGGGGAGAGUCUAUCCUACCCUAGUGCCGAGCAGCUCCCGAUUAAUAUUUCUCACGAAUAUACACACCUAGACUGCAAAUACUUGAAUUGAUGCGUGCUAUAUGGAUUUCCUGUACUGCUUGUAUAUUGUACUUACCCGCACGACAGUGUCUGCACGUCACGACAUUAUGUAUGUAACGA